AUGGACCGACCACCCGGAAUUCACCACGUCCCAAUGACCUUUGCCAACAAUCGGCGACUCGCUGUCCCGCAGCGGCCGCAGGCCGGCCAUGCGGGCCCGAGCCAUUCCGGCGGCCCACCACUGUCCCCACGAGCGAGCAACACCGCUGCCCCCUCAUACACCCAGUACAUGGCGACGCCGAGCCCACCACCACUGUCUCCCUCACCAUUAGGAUCACCGAUGUCCCGCCAGUCCUCAAUACAGUCAGGCUCGCUCGGCGUGCUGUCAACACCCGCGAUCGAAGCCGACAACCCCCACGUCGCGAGUGAUGAGCAAGUCGAUCUCGGGUCACCGGAGCGUGCGCCGCCGCCGAAACUAAGCCAAGGCGAGCCCCCAACGGCACCUCUGUGGGCCGCCAUUGAGCGGUUGUCCAAGCAGUGCGACGAGCACCAGCUCCGCUUCCGGGCAUCCAAGCAUCGCAUCUUCUCCGAGUUCCCGCAAAUCCUGUCCCGCUUAGCAGAGCUCGAUAACCGGGCAGAGGUGAGCUGUUAUACCGACGAGCGUCAAGCUGACGAUCAGCAAUGCACGGCCGAGCUCUUCGCGGCCAUCAACGAGAGCCAGCCCGAGCUGAAAGCGCGCCUGGAAAAGGUCUUACAGCGGCGGCGAGAAAACGUCGAUGAGAUGCGUGUGCGCACAACGCCGUGGGUCGACUUUCUGCCCGACGACGAGGAGGACGACCUCGAGCUCCUCUCCGCCAAAGAAGGCGCGACGGCGAUGGUGCGCCGCGAGUCGGGCAAGAUCGAGCGCGUCAAGGGCGCGAACGCGACCAACGUCGACUCGGACGCGCUCGCUAUGAUCGAGCGCUGGGCCGAGGAGGUGAAGAUGCACCUCGCCGAUGAGAUUGGCCGUCUUCGCACGCAGCUCGGAGAGGAGAAGCGCAGAGCGUAUAUCCUCUAUCGCCUGUUGGGGUUAAUGCUCUUCUGCGUCUUCAUGCUCGGCGUGUUCUACCUCAUCGCCAAGGCCGGCGAGCGCGGGAGGGCCUUGACGACCGCGUAG